AUGUCGGAGCCCAACUUUGCAGACUUGCUCGCGUCGCCCGAGAAUCCAGACAAUGUUUGGUACCCGUGCAGCUGCCACUGCGGAGCCACCUCAUUCAAGAUCUUGCACGAGCCUCUGGAAUCGUCCGCCCCGAAGCCCGCGCCGGUCCUCAAGUGCAACUGUUCGAUCUGCGUAAAGAACGGCUACCUAUUGAUCUACGCUUUCCGGGAUCAGAUCGAGUACACCCACGGAUGGGAUGCGCUCAGGAACUAUCGUUUCGCGUCAAAGACUUGGGAUCACAAGUUCUGCGGCGUGUGCGGCACGAGCGUCGGCAUCGACUUCCUCGGGAUUCACCCAGCUGGGAACAUUAUUGCCAUCAAUGGAGUUCUCGCCGAGAACGUUCACGAGCUGGCCGAACUGUCCGAGGAAGCCGCACGGAAGAUCUACAGACUGAACCAGGUAGUCUCAAUGUUGGUCGAUGAAUGUGACAAGCGUUUUGUCAAGUGA